UGGGGGAAAGGAGUAAAAGUCUCGCGCACGCUCUUCGUGGGCUCAUUUUGCGUGAGUUUGUUGUUGAGUGUUGAUUUCCAUGGUGUUUGUUCAGUGACUGGGAGAGCCUCUAUCUGUCUAGUUGGAAUAUUUCACGCAGAACUGCCACAAGCUGAGGGUGUUUCCGGAGAAGAUGGCCGCAAUCAUUGGAGGUGGAAGUGAUGGCUUGCUCAAAUCCAUGGACGCCAAUCGGUAUGCCACGAAGAAGACCAUCGCGCAGGGAAUGCUGGACAUUGCCCUGCUCACUGCGAACGCCAGCCAGCUGAAAUACAUCCUGCAAGUGGGCGAGAAGCACGAAUUCUACACUCUCAUGCUCACGCUGAUCUCCAUCUCCAUCUGCCUGCAGGUCGGAAUGGGAGUCCUUAGCCUUUCGUUCAAUUUGUUGCGUGAUUGCAAGCUCCAUAUUCCGGAUUACCAGAAAUCGACGAACUAUAUUAACCAUCUGGCAACUUGCAUAGCUUUCAUUGUCACCGUCGUGAAUUUGCUCAUUUCUGCAUUCAGUCCCACCGGCUCUGGAAAUUACUAUUUCCGCUCUGCAGAUGCUGCAGAUCGAAAAUGAAUAUGAAAACAGCGUGUUUUAUGGACUCUUUUCCGCGAGAAAUUGUACAGUGAUUUUCCGUGUUUGUUUUAAUGUUAAUGUUGAGAAGAAAUAGCUGCUGAGAUGAGGAAUUGUCACACAAUGAUUUCAAGAGUUAUCAUACAUUUUAUAUUAUUGACCAAGGGGGAGAUAAUAUGCCCUAAACCUGUACACCGCUUCCUAACACUUCCAGCACUUGAAUUCUUUAGAUUUUUUGCACAUUGAUUCUCAAAUUAUUAUGAAUCUCUUCAGUUUCCAUCCGAUAUUUCUGUAAGAAUCCACUUAAAACAGCUUUUUUGGGUGUUUGUCCGACCAUAAUCUCAAAAUA